CCCGAAAUCAGCCAAGAACAAAGAAAGCAUGACUGGAUUUGCGGGCGAAUAGGCGGAACAUAACGUGGGAGGGAAGUUUGCUAGAGUUCUCUUGUUUCAACUCUCCUGGUUUCGGCUGGGCCACGCCCACCAUGGCCCCAUCGGUGCGUGUGCUCCUGGUUCUGGCCCACCUGGCGGUGAUGGUAGUCGGCAAGCACGGUUCGGGACGAGUGCAAGACAAAUACCAGUCUGACAGAUGCAAAAAACUAAUGAGGAUGAUCAUGUGGUGCGGUUCCGAGAAGGAUUGGAAGAACGAGAUACAGAGAAAAAUGGCAGCACAUAUGGGUGGAAGCAAUUUCACUGAUGAAGUGGACGAGUGCUUGGCCGCUUCUCUCGACCCGGAUGACCGAAUGUCGUACUGCACGGAUAUAAAGAGUCUAAGGGUGUACCUGAUGUGCUCGAGGCAAACGCUUUUCAACAGAGUCCACAUUGGCUCCAAGUUCGCCGCCCUCAUGUUUCAUCGGGGAUUUGAACAUUGCGUGAAAGUGAACAUGGGUAUGAUGGAAGCCGACCUCGGGAUGUCGAACGACGAAGAAACGGGUCCCUCGGACGACGACGACGACGACGAGUAUUACAAGAAAUUGGACAGACCUAAAAAGCCCCAAAGGAGGCAACCUGCGGUGUACGACGAAGACCGGCACGACCACCACAAUCACCGGGACGAACAGGGAGGCCACUACGCCAGGAUGGUGCGUAAACAGGACCACCGCAAACAGACUCGACCCUUUCACAAGGACUUGCGACACAAGAGGCGGCCCCUUCACGACGACGGUAUAAAUCGACACGAGGGGCGCGUAAGGAAGAAUCGGAACAAGUGGCACAAUGACCGCGAGACGAAUGGACGCGACAAGCGGCCCCACGAAGUCUUUGGGGUUCAAAGGAGAGGCCAGCACAGGAGGCCCCUUGGUGAUCGCGACAUGAUGAAUCGACACGACAGGCAUUAGACGAUGACGGGAUGAAUCAAUGCUACCGCAGGUGACACCAUGUUCAACGCCUUGACCGGACGUGUCAAACAGAGCGUCUGAAAUUUUUACUCUAAGGUACCGUUGUC